GGUAUAUGUGAGUGAAUGAAAGCCGAUGAGAUGCUUGCCGUGACAAUUUCCAUAACAAAGAAGUCUGAGCAAGCAGCGAAAACAAACGCGAUUUGGUUUUUGUUUUCAAUUUCGUUAAUAAAAAUCCUGUUUCGCAGAGAAUCGGUCAUCGUUUCCAAGGCGGCCGUCAACGUCUUGUUAGCCAUAGUAAACAACGUUUUCUACCCGGAGGAGUUUACGUCGUCGGAAUUAGCUGCCAGCUGUCGAACCCGACGGCAUUGCUACGCCGGUCAUGGAACAUGCAUUCCCAUCAUUAGUCGUGUCCACAACACUGUUUGUCCAUCCACGGCAUGUCCUGGAGCGAUUUCGGAGUUCAUCCAUAACGCGGUAGUGCUUCCAACGCUGGUAUCAUCAUAGUGCAAAUCAACCCACCAUAGAUUCGCGUUGGCCCAGCUCAAACUCUUCCAGAAGAAUCCCGGAUGCUUUUCUGUUAACCGCAGAAGGCAAGUUAGGAAACAUCUAGCGAUGAUGUUGGAGAAGCUGUGGGACGACUGCGAGGAAAGACGUUUUCUAACAGAUUUAAUUUUGUUAUUCUAAUUUUUACUUUUUUUCGAAAUUAAAUAGAAAUAAGAGAAACACUAGUUGCUUUUUAUUAUCAUAUAUAAGAAAAUUACCAAUUAUUUCAACUGUAAGAGAACUAUAUACCAAAAGACUAUGGAACCAUCAUGCACAGUAAAGCAAUUAUUACACAUACAGUGCUGAUUUUUAUUCCGAUUUUAUGGGCCAACUGUUUUAGAACUGUUUGCUUGACAGUAAAUUGGGCAAAAAAUGGAUAGUAUAUCGACC